CCUUCUUUUAUCUGUUACACGACUGCUCGUAGGUCUAUUUUCCCCAAAACUCGAGAACAUUUCCCCUCUUUCCCUCCACAAUAUUCAUGGGAACUUAAGAACUUCUUAGUUUAGAAAUCAGUCUGCAUUUUUCUUUCGUCGUCGUUGCCAGUCUCAAAUUGUUAUCGAUUUGUUUGGAGGGUUUUUGGCUUUUGGCCAUUGGUUUAAGGGUUUUCAAUUUUGAUUUUGAUUUUAGCAACAUCUUCUUCGCAUAGUGUAUUCUCAGACUGCGUUAAUCUCAAAAUGGUUUAGAAAAUAGCGUGUCUCAUCUCACUAUUCAAACGUUAUUUACUAAAAAAGGAUAUCCAUCUCCAUAAAAGUGUUUGUUUUGUGGUUGCAGCCAUACUAAUGGUUGAAGUCAAGAGCCGAGGCAGUCGCAACUCCAAAGACAUGGAUCCGGGAGAAAUAGAGCUACCCUCCAUUAAACCUGGUCUGAAGAGAGAGUAUAACAUGAUGAUGAAGGCUCAGGGGAAAUUGAUUAGGCCUUCAAGAGAAGGCUGGAGAGUGACCAGGUCGCAAAGUGCCAGUGGUUCGAGGCAAGGAAACGUAAAGAGUGGUGGUAAGAUCAAUGGGAAAGUAAAGGAACCUAAGAAAUUGAAAAAAGAUAAUGAAGGACCAGAAGAGGAGGAUGUGGAUAAGUUGGAGAACAUUGAUGUCCCAGGUAGUAACAAAGGAAGGCCUAAGGAGGAUGUAGUACAGGUAGUGUCUGAUACAGGACGUGAAUCGGUAAAUUUGGAGCUGGAAUUCAUUGCUGUAGAUGAGACCGAGACACAGAAACUGCAGCUCAAUUCUAGGGAAGAAGAGAACGAGAAGAUAUUGGAGAAUGGUGAGAAUUUGGCUAGUGAAGAAGGGUCAAAGGGGGAUGUAGUGCAGGCACAGUCUAAUUUAGGAUAUGAUUCAAGAAGUUUAGAGGCAGAUUUUGAUGCUGUGGGCAGAAGUGAGGCAGAGAAGAAAGUGGGGGCUGAUUCUAAGAAAGCUGUGGGCCCCCAACUCUUGUGCACAGAAUCACUAUUGUCUUUGGGUGGGGUUAGUGAUAUAUAUUUUACUCAUGAAGGGAAAAGAAGAAAUGUAGGAGCUUCGGAUUUAGGACGUGAGGUAACUGGAGAGGCUGCAAGCUGGAUGGGAGGGAAGCCACUGUGGAGGUACACUCGGGCUCCGAAACAGGGACAUGAGGAGUCCUUUCUUGAGGCUCUAACUAGAGAGAGUAGAAGUGCAGUAAAUUCUACCGAUGGCCCUUGUAAACGCGAAAUAAAGAUGUCAAAGAAGGUUGUGCUGAAGAGGGUACCUUUAAGGUUAAAGGAUCUUCUAGAAACUGGACUCUUGGAGGGUCUCCGCGUUAGAUACAUCCAUAUAUCGAAGAGGAGGAGACAGCCAGACACAAUACUUGAGGGAGUUAUUAAAGCAACAGGAAUAUUGUGCUCCUGUGGUGAAUGCAAUUGGAGAGAGGUAGUGACUCCUAAUGUGUUUGAGAUGCAUGCUAAAAGUGGGAAUAAGCGUCCACCAGAAUAUAUAUAUUUGGAAAAUGGGAAGAGUUUGAGAGAUGUUCUGGAUGCAUGCAAGGCCAAUCAGUCAGAAUCGUUGGCAUUGGUGAUCCAGAACGCCAUUGGUCGUUUGGGUUUUACCACUGCUCUCUGUAUCAACUGUAAAGGUUUGAUACCUGAAGCUGGUGCGGGCAGACCAAUGCUUCUUUGUGAUUCUUGUGUUUUACCUAAGGAUUCUGAUCCCGGCCUCAAUCAGAGCAGUGAAGCCACCCAUAAUGGCCUGGUAAAUGGUCAUUUUAGGUCCCCGUUGGCUGGGCCAUCACCACUGAUAUCCUCUGGUUGCCUGCCUCAAGUUCCCGAAAGUGCUCAAAUUUCUUCAAAUUAUCAACCUCAAAGGAAACGUCAAGGGAAGCUGACGCGGAAGGAUUUGAGAAUGCAUAAAUCUGUCUUAGCGGAAGAUCUGCUUCCUGAUGGUACUCCUUUGUCGUAUGUUAUGCAUGGAAAGGAAUUGCUUUUGAAGAUGGUGAAUGAUUUGGUUGGUAACACUCAUUGCAUGAUUGCCAUGGAGCAGAGAAGGCUGAGAGGUUAUAAGAAAGAUGGUUCUAUCUUCUGCACGUGCUGCAAUGGAUUGGUGAGCCCCUCGCAGUUCGAGGCUCAUGCUGGAUUCCCUUCUCGUCGAAAGCCACUUCGGAACAUUUACUCGAAAGAGUUUUACAAGCAUAUUUGCUGUUUCAUUUCAUUUGACUUAGAUUGCUGGUUCUUGCAGCUAUCCCUUGAACUAUCCAAAAAUGGUAAACCGUCUUCAGGGGAAAAUGAUGAUCUCUGUUCUAUUUGUGAGGAUGGAGGGAAUCUGUUAUGCUGUAACAAAUGUCCGCGUGCUUUUCACCCUGUAUGUGUUGGCCUGUUGAGCCUCCCAGAAGGAACAUGGUACUGCAAAUAUUGCAAGAACAUGUUUGAAAGGGAAAAGUUCGCUGAGCUGAACGCCAAUGCCAUCGCAGCUGGCAGAGUGCCUGGAGCCGACGCUCUUGCAGAAAUAACUCAGCGAUGUAUUCGUAUAGUGCCAACAUUUGAAGCAGACAUAGGUGGAUGUGCCAUAUGCAGGGGCCACGACUUUAGCAAUUCAGAGUUUAGUGACCGCACAGUUAUUAUCUGUGAUCAGUGCGAGAAAGAAUAUCAUAUCAGCUGCCUGAAGGAGCAGGGGAUAGCUAACUUGGAAGAGUUGCCGGAAGGUGAGUGGUUUUGUUCUGAACAGUGCAUCACUAUCCAUGUGGCCCUUGAGAAUUUUAUUGGUGCUGGGGAGCAGAGUCUUCCGGAAGAUCUUUUAAAUAUUUUGAGAGGGAAAAUUUACGCCCAAAGUCCUCCACAAGAUAUUGACGCCCAAAGUCCACCACAAGAUCCUGAGCCUGCGAUCCGGUGGAGGCUUCUGAAUGGAAAAAAAGCUUCUGAGGACGCAAGAGUGUGGCUCUCUGGUGCUGUUUCUAUAUUCCAUGACCGGUUUGAUCCUAUUGCUGAUUCAAGCACUGGACGUCUUGACCUCAUCCCCCACAUGGUUUACGGGAGGGCUUUCAAGGACCAGGAUUUUUGUGGCAUGUAUUGUGCCACGUUGUUUGUUGGCUCGGUUGUGGUAUCUGCUGGGAUUGUCCGUAUAUUUGGUGAGGAAGUUGCAGAGCUUCCUCUUGUGGCAACAAAGACCGAGUGUCAAGGAAAGGGCUAUUUUCAAUCUCUAUAUUUCUGCAUUGAGAGGCUUUUGGCAUCGCUCGGUGUGAAAGAUUUGGUGCUCGCUGCUGCUGAUGAGGCAGAAUCUUUGUGGAAGAACAGAUUUGGGUUUGAAAAACUCGGCGAAGAAGAGUUGGAAGAGUACCAGAAGAAGUACCAAAUGAUGAUAUUCCAGGGAACAUCCGUUCUUCAUAAGGCUAUCACAAAUGCGUGAAACAGUUACCUGUGUUCGUUGUUGGUGGAUUCAUGUACAAAAAACGAAUGGUUUUUUUUUGUGGAAAACUUAAAAUUACAUUCUUUGUUAUUGGAUUUUGUCCAUAUUCAUAGAAUGUACAUUCUCUAGGUAUCUAUACCUCCAGGUCCCUAGAUCCAAUGUCUUUUUGUCGUCAGGUAAUGGUCUGAGUUGGGAUUAGUCUGGGCGAUUGGAACUAUUUCUCCAUGUUUGGAGAUUAUUUUUUGCUCUUCCUUUAAAACUGGAAUUCCAUUUGCUUUUUUCAUUGCCAAUGUUUUUUUAGCAAUCCUUGGUCUUAGCUUUUUUUAUAAUCUGGUUGCGUAAUUUAAUUUCUGGUCAUGCUAUGCAAGGUUCUCGUGGAUAUCAAUUGACGAGCUGAGCUAAUUAACA